UGCUUCACGUUAGAGCCAAGGAAAAUGCCUGGAUUCUUUUUCUCCCAUGACAACAUGACUGAAUUAAAUGGAAAAGAAGAUUGCAAGCUUGCAAAAGGCAAAGUCCAUAAAAAGAAGCAAAAGGCUUUUGGUGCAGAUCUCAAAAGUUAUUUGAAGUGCAUGGUGCCACAUAUUGAAUCUGGGAUCAAGACUUCCAGCUCUAGAAAUGUCAUGCUUUCUGCAGAGGAAGUUAUUCAGUGGUCACAGUCUUUGGAAAAGCUCUUGGCCAGCCAAAGUGGCCAAGGUGUCUUUCGGGAGUUCCUGAAGUCAGAGUUCAGUGAGGAAAACAUCGAGUUCUGGUUGGCUUGUGAGGAUUACAAGAAAACCAAGUCUGAUCAUUUACAUGGCAAAGCAGAGAGGAUUUACGAGGAGUUUGUUCAGUCAGAUGCCGUUAAGCAGAUCAAUAUUGACUAUCAGAUGAGGGAAGCAACAGCCAAAAAGGCUCAAGACCCAACUCACACAAGUUUUGAUGAAGCCCAGAAAACAGUGUAUAUCCUUAUGGAAAGAGAUUCGUAUCCCAGGUUUUUAAAAUCCAAAUCCUACCUGAACCUUUUGAACCAGCUGCAAACCAACACUUCGAAAUAAAGUAUCUGAGGCAUGAAGAGCCAAGUAGACUCUGUCAAAUAUCCUGCGAAGAGAUCCUCCACGGUGGUUGGAUCUUGCCAAGGAAAAUCCCUGUCUUGGGAGAUGCAAACAGCUCCACAGGCAACAGGAUGCACGAUAAAAGCUGGUGAGGUUUUCAUGAGGGUGAGAGCAGCACAGGGAGAAAAUCCUCUGCUCUCACAUGCCACAGAGUCAAGACAGGAUGUGGAAACCAAGUUUUGACCUGCACUAUGAACACUGAACUGUGUCUUAGGUCCCAAAGAACUGCUGAUUGUUAGGAAGUGCAAGACCUCCAAACUGAGCAUUGGGAAAAGACUAUUAAGUUCAGAAGAAAAACUAG